GGGUUACGCGCCGACGUCUGGCUGCCACGACUCGCCGUGGCGGCGACGGCGGCGGCGAGAGGAUCCCGCUAGGGGAGAAGGGGAGAGAGCUGACGGGGCUGUGAGUGAGCGGGAGGAGCGGGGUGCCAGCCCGGCCUGCCCGCUGGAGCGAAAGCCAGAGCGAACGAGGCCGGAGCCCACCGCGCGGCCGCCGCCUCCGCCUCCUCCCCUCCCCUCGCGGCCCGCCCCCGCCCGCAGCCCGCCCUCCUCGCGGCUCAGCCCGCAGAGCCCGAGUGAGGCGCCGUUCGGCUCGCGCGCCGUCCAGAACAGGUGUGCGCGCGCCUCCCCCCUCCCUCCUCCUCGCGCCCGCCUCGCGCGCGCCGGCCUCCCUCCAGCCUGCGCCCUCCCUCACCUGCCGCAGGACAGCGCCCGCCAGCCCGCCCGCCCGGAUCUCGCGAGAGUGGCUGACUGGCUGUGGGGGUUGCGGCGGCAGCAGGCGGAGCCGGGGAGGGAAAGCAGCGGCGGCUGAGGCGACUGAGGCGGCGGGCGGAGCGGCAGGCGGCGGCGGAGCGCAGCAUCAUGGCGGACCGAGACAGCGGCAGCGAGCAGGGUGGUGCGGCGCUGGGCUCGGGCGGCUCCCUAGGGCACCCGGGCUCGGGCUCAGGCUCCGGCGGGGGCGGUGGUGGCGGCGGGGGCGGCGGCGGCAGUGGCGGCGGCGGCGGGGCCCCGGGGGGGCUGCAGCACGAGACGCAGGAGCUGGCCUCCAAGCGGGUGGACAUCCAGAACAAGCGUUUCUACCUGGACGUGAAGCAGAACGCUAAGGGCCGUUUCCUGAAGAUCGCUGAGGUGGGCGCUGGCGGCAACAAGAGCCGCCUCACCCUCUCCAUGUCUGUGGCCGUGGAGUUCCGCGACUACCUGGGCGACUUCAUCGAGCACUACGCGCAGCUGGGCCCCAGCCAGCCGCCCGACCUGGCCCAGGCACAGGACGAGCCACGCCGGGCGCUCAAGAGCGAGUUCCUGGUGCGCGAAAACCGCAAGUACUACAUGGAUCUCAAGGAGAACCAGCGCGGCCGCUUCCUGCGCAUCCGCCAGACAGUCAACCGGGGGCCCGGCCUGGGCUCCACGCAGGGCCAGACCAUUGCGCUGCCCGCACAGGGGCUCAUCGAGUUCCGUGACGCUCUGGCCAAGCUCAUCGACGACUAUGGAGUGGAGGAGGAGCCGGCCGAGCUGCCCGAGGGCACCUCCUUGACUGUGGACAACAAGCGUUUCUUCUUCGAUGUGGGUUCCAACAAGUACGGCGUGUUUAUGCGAGUCAGUGAGGUGAAGCCCACCUACCGCAACUCCAUCACCGUGCCCUACAAGGUGUGGGCCAAGUUCGGACACACCUUCUGCAAGUACUCCGAGGAGAUGAAGAAGAUUCAAGAGAAGCAGAGGGAGAAGCGGGCCGCCUGUGAGCAGCUCCACCAGCAGCAACAGCAGCAGCAAGAGGAGACCACCGCUGCCACCCUGCUACUGCAGGGUGAGGAAGAAGGGGAAGAAGAUUGAUCAAACUGAAUGAAACACACACACACACACACACACACACACACACACACACACACGCAUACACAUACGUGUACACACACACACACACACACAGCCACACACAGAGAAAAUAUACUGUAAAGAGAGAAAAUAAAAAGUUAAAAAAAAAAAAAAAAACAAACUCCAAGGGAGCACCACCCACAGAACCUCCACCGACUGACAGUUUCUCUUCUUGACUUGCCACCCAUCGCUGGAUGUUGUCCACUUUAUCCACCAUAUAAAACAGUAAGCAGCUGCUAAAAACAAAAAACAAAAAAAAAUAUACAAAAGUAAUAACAUUAUAUGAACUGUGUUUCCUACUUGAUUAAAAAAUAUAAAGAACUGAGUGUUUAUUUCCCUAAUUAACCAAGAACUUUUGUACACGUUUAAGCUAUUAUUAUUAAAAGUGUUUGCAAAAUGGUCAAGAUUAUAAUAUUGCUGAAUUAUAUAAAAAGUCCUUUUCAUGUUGAGCUAACAUUUGACUUUAGCACAAAAAAAGAGAUAUUUUAGAACACGUAAAAUAAUAUUUUUAGUUUUUCUCAUUUUGUUACCAAAUUUCAAACCUUACAUGGAGGUUAUUAUAGUAUAUUUGACAUCCUAUAUACCUGUGAUUAGAGAUGUGUAUAUAUAUGAGGGCUAGGCAUGCUGUGUGUCUGAGCUUUGUCUAAAUGUUAUGCAGAAGUUUGUAGAGUUCAAGGUACGUAGGUUUAAUUCAUGCAAGGUAAACAAUAAGUGCUCUCUUUUAUACAAUAUGCAUUGCAUCUGGACCUUAAACAUAUAAAAUGGUCAGUGAAACUUCUGUGAACAUGAAGAAAUUAUUAAAAAAGGCAUUUAAAUGAAAUUUGCUAAGUUGUGAUUUUUAUGGUUGGAACCAAAGUUAUUCAAAUAGUAAAAGAAAAAGAGAAAGAAAAAGGAAAUUUCCCAUAAUAUUUUUCUGCAUCUGUUUGCUUUGACUGAGUAGGUGUUUUGUUAUUAUUGUGUAUAUGAGAUGUACUUGUAUUGUUCAUAAUAUAUAUUUUUUAUUAUGUGUAGAAAGAUUUUAAAAACCUAACUAACGUGCAGCAAUUUCCAGUGAACCUGUACUUGGAUAUCAGGUAGUGAGUCUAUUUGUGGUCACUAGCACUGUCUCCUAAACUUGUAAGAGGUCUGAAGCUAUCCUUUGAUUUUUGUCAGUGCUAUUAACUUAUGUAGACCUGUUUAAAAGCAAAGCAACACCAUUCUAGUUAUCCUACUGAGCCAUGGAUUCUGAGUUUCAUUUCAAAAGUGAAAGCCAAGUUGGUGUAUGUAAAGGAUUUCCAUGUAGCUGUGGUGCUAGUUAUUACUGGCUACAUUAUAUGCUAAGUGUAUUUGUGUUCCCAAGUGUACAAGCCUUCUGUCAAAAGUAUGUUCUAUUAUCACUCAUAUUCAAAGUGUAGGGUAUGAAAAUGCAAGCUUAGGAGAGCACUUUACCCAGCUGGUGUCCUCCACUGAAAUUGUUUGUAACGAUAGUCUUUUACAGGUUUUCAUUUAAAGAUGUUUGUGUGCUUUUAAUUGACAACUAACUUCUUGCUGCUGUAUAGUAAAAUAUUAAUAUAUUUUUUAUCAUUAAACUGCUGCAUGACUAUCAUCUUUGAGUGAAGAGAAAAUGUUAUAAAAAAGAUGCCUUAAAUACAGUACAUUUUGGUUUGGAAUUCUGUAGAAAGUAUUUUGGUAAAAAAAGAAAAAAGAAAAAAAGAGGAUCUUGGAUCUUGUCUGACAGAGAGAGUUCUGGACAUGCAAUUGUUUCUUGGCAAAUCCAGCCAUCUAGAUCUACCUGCUGUAUGUAGAAGAAACCACCUGUAGGACUGGGAAGGGGUCAGUACCUCUCCCAUUGGAAAGCAUCGGCCUAGGAAGGCAGAACAGUUGUCUUUUUUGAAGGAUUUUUUUUUUCCUGCUGGCUCUUUAGGUUUUGAUUUGAUAUUUUUAAGCUUUCUGGUUGAGUGUGUUGUCUUUGUUUUUGAGAUCUACUGUAUGUGUUGAAUAGCAAGCUAUUUUCAUUGUACUGUGCAUUUUCCCAUUGUUUGCUUUUCAUAUUCAUACAAUGUUAAAUAUGAGGUGACCGUAAAAUAGUUAGGAGUUUCUUUACUUAAAAAAAUCACUGGAAAUUAUUAAAUUGCUUUCCCCUCCCCCCAAGGUGCAUUUUUUUUUAUUAUUUUCAUAUAGUAAAGUUGAGCUUUUACAGUGCAUAAUGUGACAUUUGGAAUGCUUAUCAACUGCAUGUAAACAUUAAUAACCUGCACUUUUUGUCUUAAGGUUUGUUGAGCUGUUUUGUUCACUGUACUUUAACUGUGAUAUGGAAAAGAUUGCAUUCUCUGUGCUGUUUCUAAUUAGGAAAGAGAAUUGCUUUGAUUUUGUCUCUUGUUUACUAUAGCUUCUUAAAGUUAAGCCUUGUGCUACGAGUUGUUGGAGUACUCCUAGAUCAGUGUUUCGUAGUAGCCAGCAGUCAGUAGUGCAAGUCAACAAAAACACAGCAAACUUAGGCAAAGUGUCCUUUCUUUGAGAUGCAAGUUCUUUCGUAAGGUUUUCUUUAGGGUCAGCUACCUAAAGUGAAACCUUUCUUACCUGUAGACUUCAGAUUCUGCUUGGAAUCCUACCGGAUCAAGAAGCACAUGUAUUGUGCAGUUCUCUUUACACUAUUAACAGUUAAACACAAUCUUACUAGGACUUUGAAUCCAUUGUCUGAUUUAUGGUCAGUGGGUUUAAAAAGAAAUCCACAUGCAGAUCUUUUAAGACUUAAAAAGUGGUCAUAGAGAAGACUGAGUGACUGUAAAGAUGCUCUUUUUGUUUUAAAGCAUCUCAUUUUCUCUCCCAUUGACCUCCUGACCUCCCCUUCCCCAUCUCCUGUUUUAUCCUUCCCUUACAUUUCCCUCCCAGGUGCUCGGUACUUUACCAAGGUUCUAUAUUUCAGUGUAUUAUGUUAGAGUCUCUUCUUGUUUUUAUUUUACUAGUGGGUAGCCCCAGUUUGUGCUGAAAAGGGGGGGGGUAUAUUUGACCAUAUGUGUUACUCAUUGAAAACAGUAUGAUCAAAUGUGCCAAAAACAAGCAAACAGAACUUAAUUCAUGACAAGUAUGCCUUAUUUUUAUUGAUCUGCUUUGUCUUACAAUUAAGGUCCAAGAGCUUGGUUAAACUAUGUUAUUUGCCUAAGUAAAAAAAGAAAACUUGAAAUGCAUUGAAAUAUUGAUUUUUUUUUUUAAAUGAGAGACACUGUCAAGUAAUUUGAUUCAGAGAUCAGCCACCAGAUUUGGAGAGAGAGAGAGAGAGAGAGAGAGAGAGAGAGAGAGAGAGAGAGAGAGAGAGAGAGAGAGAGAGAGAUGGUUGUGGUGGUAGUAGUAGUGAUGGUAUUUGUGGCUUUUCCCCCCUUUAAAUUACCAAAUCUUAUUUUUUAAUGCUACCUUUUAUUUGUGCCUCCUAUAUAUCAUGCUGAUGUUAGAAGCAGCAGUCAUCCAGCCACAGAGGGAGCUAAAGUUAACUAACCAGAACUGUAGAAAUCAUACAUGCCUUUGACAACAAAGGAAGUUCAUAGGAAAGCCACAUUGGCUUUUCCUCUACUAGACACACAUUGGAGGUAGAUGAAUAUUUGCCAAAUGAGGGGAAAAAAAGACAAAGUAGUCAGGAAAGACAAACUGUUUUCCAGCUUCUUAAAGCCAUGGAAAGUAGAAACCAAAACCAAUGGGAAAUUUAAAAGACCUUGAAAGUCUUACUUUCUAGUCCCAUGCAGGGGUUAAAAUUUGACUCAAAAUGAAAAGUCUAUCAUUUAGAGAUGGAUAACUAGUCCAGUUUUGUUUUGUUUUGUUUUGUUUUGUUUUAGGGAAUGGAGAAAGCUGCUAGUGAUUUUAACCCCUGCUGAAAGGAGACAGAUAAUUUCAUUUGGGAGCAAAUACUUAAUUGCCUUGAGAAAUAGCACUAUAAUAGUUUAUGUUAAUUAGUCAUAGACUAACCUUUAUCCCUUUCAAGCUAUGCAAAUUAUUAAAUAGGUAUAAAUUAGAAUUGAAUUAAAGAGAGUUGAUUAUAUUGCAAUCAGAUGGCAUUCACAAACUUAACUGGAGCAUAUACAAAUAAAUCUAUUAGUUUAAGAGUUUUUUUAAUGCUGACAUAAAAAAUAUAAUUUAGCUACCUGUUCUAAAAUGCUGAAUACUAUUAACAUUGUAUGAUAGGUCUGAAAGACUGCCUCCUUUUUUGAAGAGAGAGAUUAAGAAUUUUUAUAAUUGCUUUUCAUCAAAUUUUAAUAUUUUUGUCAAGUUUUUAGAUAUUUAAUUUGUAAAACAGUUUGCUUUGUACUGGCAUACAGAUAUUAGGGUAUAUUGAUUUUAAAUUUUUUGAAGCCAAGUGAUCAAGUACAUUUGUAAUAAAAGUCAAUGGAUCUCUAUCAGUUGUACUCACUGUUUUCAUUUCUUGUUCUUAUCAAUGUAGGAAUUGGUACCUUUAUCUGCAGGAAAAUGGAGCAAAAUUUGGGUGGAAGGGAGGGGAGAAGACAAAUCUGUUGAGAAGAAUCUUGGGUGGGAUUGGUGGCCCAAGUACUUCAAAGCAUCUUUAUGUGGACUAAGAUUUAGAGUGUUGGAAAGAAUGUCAUCUUUUUAUUCCUGAUUUUUUUUUUAAACUUUAUGGAACAUGAUGUUUGGAGAAAUCUUCUCAGUUUUGUUUCUGCACUUUUAGCAUUUUUAUGUUUUGGCAAUGUUGAAACUUUUUAAACUAAAAACAGUUUAUCUGUUAACAUUUUUGGGUUAAUCUGCCAACUAUGGUGACCCUACCAUGGGCAUAGAAUUAUUUUUAUCUUUACAUGGCUUACCCUCUCUUCUCCAGUAUUUCCAUUAGUUUUUUUUUUAAUGUUAUACACUGUUCAUUUUUCAGAUGAUUUUAGAAUGGGCCUUCCCGAAAUUACUUGGGUAGCUUUCAUAGCUCCAUUUUUUAAACACAUAAGUGUACUUUUAAUAUUUUCUUCCCCAUAAAAACUGAGAUAGAAAAUCAAAUUUUCCCCUUUUUGUUAUUUCUUAGAUAUCGGUAAAAUUUUGUUUAUUGUGUGAAAGAAAACUAAGACAAGGGGAUCUUCAGCACUUUAAAUUCAAAACUGGGUGAGAACUCUGAGUAUAACAUUCAUGGUUGUUAUCUCUAAAUUUGAAUAUCAGUAAUGUAGAGAGAGUUCAUGUUUUGUCAUGAGAAUAGAAUAAGGGAGAGAUCUUUCUAAUUGCCUAAGCCAAUUUACUAGUUUUAUAAGUUUAUUUUAAACUUUAUCAAAAAUUUUAAAUAUUAAACAUAUUGAAACAUUGUUUUCUUCAUUGUAAGCCAAAAUUAGGCCAUUGAUAGUAUUAUACUCUAUAAAACUAAAGUGACCACUACUUAAAGUGACUGUUAAUCCAGCAGCAUUAAUUACCAUAGCUCUACAGAGUUUGCAGUACAUUUUUUAAGAAAAGCUGAUUUAAAGAUUUAUGAAGCUAUUUGAUCCUAAAAUCAAACCUAAAUUUAAGGCCUAGGCCUUUUGGCUGGCUCUUUUUGAGCAGAAAUUUCAUUAUUAUGGGCCACGUAAUGAUGAUCUAAACUAGCAUUAGCAUGGUCUAAAUUAGCAUUAGAAUUUUAAGGUUAAGAGCAAGCAGAUGAAAUAUGAGAUGCUGGUUCUAAACAGUUUGCCAUCCUCCAUCUACAAACUGACUACCAAUUUUGAAGUUAAAGGGUCUAGGCAAUUUGCGUCUUCAGAAAAGUUGGAUAUGAAUAAUAGCCUCUUGCUGAUGUUUUUUCUUGUAAGGAAUUUAUAUUAUUCUAUUUUUGCCUUCAUGUUGUGUUUAUGUCUCCUGCUUUCCAUUACAUUUGCUAUCCUCUCCCUCCUUUUUCUUCCCUUCUGUUGUCUAGCUUUUGUGGUAAAUUGUCUCAUUGAUAGAUGUAGAAAUGUGGUGGUGAUCCUUUGUGUAAAACAAAGCUACUUUUUACAGACCAGAAAUAGUUUGUUGUUCUUGGAAUCAUAUUUUUGUGCUUCCAUGAGUACAUACUUUGUUUAAUUAUUAAUUUGCAUAGUAAUUAAUUUUUUAGCAUUUUAUGGGGGAAAUUAAUGAGUUUUAAUUUUCUUGGUUUAGGAUCCACUUUAGUAAUUCAGAAGGUCUGUAAGGUGAAAAGUCACACUUGUGUUUUGGAAUUGUGGAAAUAUUGCUGGUAUGUAUUUUGGUCUGAGAUGUAUUAAUGCAAAAGACUUCUAGGAGGAUAAGUGGUAGUUAAAAGUUACAGGACAGAUGACACUCUGAGUAGCUCAAACAGUAAUAAUAAUCAGGUAAUAAUUUACACUGGUUGACAUUAAGUCAAACUCUUCUGAAAUAGAUUGACAAUUGGCAGUGAAGGUAGUUGUUGGUAGCUCUUGACCUCCAUGGCAAGUAUGUCCGACAACCUGGCUCCUUCAUUCUCCUUUAUGAUCCUGUUCAUAGCACCUGAGCUUUCCUCCUUCAGAAAGAAGUGAAAUAAUGACUCUUUCCUUUGAACAUAGCUAAUUGAUGAUCCAGAAAGAUUUUUGUAUUUUGAUGUAAUUUGGCCUCUCUUCCUCCCUUACUGCUGUUUCCCCCCAUGAUCUUAACUUGGCAAUUUGAAGAGCAUCUAAAUGAGUACUUGUAAGGGAAGCUGGGAAAUGAAGAUUGUAAGAAGUAUGUGUUUAAGCUACUGAGAACUGAGUCUUACUGGUUCAGAAAUUGGAGAGCAGAAAGAAAAAAGCUGUUUGUGAAUGGGGGUGUGAGAGAUACAGAAGAGAGUGAUUGGAAAUAAAGUAGGAGGAAUUUUUAUUGGCAGUAGAAAAAAGUAUUAAGAUGGACUCUGCAUGAGAGGUGUUGACUAAGCAAGGAGGUUGGACUUCACUAAGGAAGUGUCAGUGGGUCCCUUGUUGGCUAAGUGAAAACUGUUGGUCUGUAGCUAGUAAUGGUGAUGAUGGAUUAUACAAAUCAGUUUUGGUGUGAGUGUAUGAUGGUUUGAAGGUUUAUAUGUCUGCGCCUCUGAACAAAUUUAAGUAGCACAAUUGUGAAAUGGCAGCUUUUCUGAUCAAGGCAGAUUGGUGUUGGGAACUUAUUAUUUUGGGGGGAAAAGUUAACAGUUUACCCUUUUUCAUUUACCCUUUUAAAACUAUCAGUGACAUUUAUCAUCCACUAUUUUCUUGGGCUCUUGUCACUGCAUAGUUUAUGUUUGCACUUCAAAAUAAUCCUUUUUUUUUUUUUUUUUGGUUCUUUUUUUCGGAGCUGGGGACCGAACCCAGGGCCUUGUGCUUCCAAAAUAAUCCUUUUAAUCCAUAAAGAUCUACACCCAAAGAUCCUUCUUUUAUAGAUACCUUUAGUCAACAUGUAUUUUUUAGAAAACAGUAAACCAGAUACAGUCACUGAAUUUCAAUUUUAAGUAUCUUUUCUAUUUCCUUUACAUUUGUAGCCAUUAAACAUUGUGGAUUUUAAGAAGCCCUUGCUAAUAUAUUUCCAGAAUUAGAUAAUAUGUCCUCUAACUCAUGUUUUUGUUUGUUUUCCUACUUUAAAAUUCCCUGUGGUUAGUGUACACAGAAGUUAAUUAUAAUGUAUCUCCCAGGUUCUUGUGUUCUUUGUAAGGUGAGUUGGCAGUGAUUAGUAAUCUAUUCUAUAAUCCCGAGAGUGUUUUAAGUUAUUCAAGGUGAAUACUUUGUUUUCAAAGUUACAUAACUCAAAUUCACAUUGACUAUAAAUUUACAAUGGGUUUAUUCCCAAUAAUUUUGAUAUAUUACUUUCAAGUUUUAUUUUAGUCUGAUACCUAUACAUUCCUGUUAAGAAUUUGUUUUAAAAUAGCCAAAAGGAAGUCUUGGCCUGUACUUGGAAGGUGGUUUUUCUUGUCAUGUGUCAAAUUCAUUAACAUUAGUGAUUACGUAUCUUAUUUUGCAGAGUUGACACUUAGUAUAAUUUCACAUUUCAUUGUGUGUCAGUAUUUAAAUUAUAGCUAAAUACUAUAGUUUAAAUCUGUGCAGAGCCUUCUUAAAGAGCUCCUCCCUUAGGAAUUGUUUAAAAGAAGUGAAGAACAGUGCUUUAAAUGACUGAGAUGAGUCUGAGAGGUUUCCUCAAGUCUAGGCAAUGGAGAUAAACGAUAGCCCAUUUCUAUGCUGCAUACAGUUGUUAGGGUUUGAUAAUAUGUAGAAAGUGCAAAAGCAGAAAAGACUGUGUAAGUGGCCUAUAAAUUUAUAGUUUUCAUUAUUGCACUAUUUAUCUUUGCACUUGAGUUUUUGGAAAUUAAAGACUAGCACUUUCACUUUUGUUUCUAGUCUUUUCUAAUUUCUUGCAAAAUUGUUUUCAAUAUCCCACCCAAAGUUAAACUCAUAUGCAAUUACAUAUGCUUUAUAAGGCCAAGAAAAUAUUUAUUAAUGUUAUCUAUAUAACAGUAAAUUUUGUUUUGAUAAAAAUUUUAAUAUAGAUCUUUAUUUGCCCAUAAAAUUCUUUAUAAAUAUGAGCUUUAUUAAGCUGUUAAAGUAAAAGCUUAGGAUAGGAAGUAAUGUCUUCUGUAUAUAAAAUUGUGUCUUUGAAAUCCAUUUUCCAGCCUAGUAUGGCCUGGCUUUUGAGUGUUAGUAUGUUUUCAUUAGCAAGUGAUAUCUGAGUCUUACUGGGCAAGUGCUUAAGAAACUGGAAGUGAAUAAAUAGGUGGCAGUUCCCUCUUCUGUGUAGCUUUCUAUAAGGUUCAUAUAACUUCUCUGUGGUUUAUGUCAUAUGCUGGUAUUUCAUGAAAUGAGUGUUUCUUUUGAAAAUUUAAGAUUGAUGCUUUUUGAGGAUGGUUAUAGCAAAGGAUAUAGGACUUUCAUUUAACCAUUGGCGGUUUUAUAGCCUCCUUGAUACGCUCUACUCAGAGAACAAAGAGUGUACUUGUGAAUAUGUGAUGCUGUAUUCACAAUUGCAAAAAGAAAAAAGGAAAGGAAAGGAAAGGAAACAAAUUGAGUUUUCUCAAUGGGACAGAGCGAUGUAUUUUUGGCGAGAAUUGUUUUAUAAGUUAUUUAAUGAUCUUAUUCUCUAUCUUUUCCUGUAGUUUUUUACACACCUCAUACUUAAAACCAGCAAGUCAGAGGCCUCUUUUCAGAUUAUUUUGGAAGGUCUGAAUGUGUUCUGGAUGGAGUGUUGAUUGUGACAUAUUCCUCCCAUCAUGUUCUGCUGGUCACUGUGGCUCAUAGUGUUUGCAAGUUCUGUUGAAAAUUCAGUGAUGCAUUUGAAAUGAGAAUAUCUUCUACAACAUGGUAUGGAUGUGUGUGGCUAGAUUCCAUGAUGUAGCAUGGUUGUGGAACAAUAGCCUUGAUUUAAUUUAAAUAGAAAGUUUUAACCAUAGUCCAGAUUUUAUGUACAGGAAUUGUGCCAGGUACUUGUCUAAAUGUGGACCAAUUUUGGAAAUGAAAGUUAAUGGAUGUGGAUUUGACUCCAGAUAAUUCUGUACUCAAAACUAAAGUUAAAGGCUCACACCAUUAGAGUUACCUACAUUUGAUGGCCUUAGCUCUUUAAAUGUGGAUGACAUUCAGCAUUAUAUCUGUGAAUUUCCUUAGGAAAAGAAAAGUUCAGUCUUUAUACCUUUUCUUGGAGGCUAAAUUUACCACAUAUGGAAGUGAGAAAAUUGUAGCAAGUGUCUUUAUUUUUGUAAUGGAGUUUAACCAGCUUAAUUAAUUCCUUUUCCUACUUUGAAUCACUUAUUUCCCAUAUAUAAAUAAAGGGAAAGAUCAGUAACCUCCCCACCCCCAGGCAAUUUUUGUUGUCUGCCUCCAUUUCCCAAUCCUAUUACACAAUGAAUUACGGGUAUCCCUCUUAAGUCCCUGUAGUACUUUGGGUGGGGGGUGUCACAAAUACCUUUGAAAAUCUGAUGAAAGUGAUGGACCCUUUCCCCAGGGGAAAAAUGCACAUAAUACAGAUAAUUUUGCUACAACCUCAGGGUCAUCACUUACCUUCUGAAACCCAAGUUAGAAAAUUUUUUGCUUUGAGCAAACUUUGGAAAACUUUAAUAAAAAUAAUUGAUAAAGAGCUAUUGGCUUAAAACAUUUCAGAUUGGAAUUAUUAUCACAUAGUGGCCCCUACUAGUGAAAUGGGACAUUGCAACUAGCUUUGUUAGACUUUAUAACAUCCAGAUAGAAGGGAAAGAGAAGUAAAGUUCUGAGAGCUAUUUAUAAGGAGUCAGGUCAUCUCCAGAUGUGGGAGCCAGUCCUGGUUCAAGGUAGGGGUCAAGGUGCCUGACAAGUUUAGCAGGGUAGAGUUUGAUAAACCAUGCUCAGGAUGCCAAGGGGUUAACCAUUAUCUUAACCCCUUCCUCACCAAAAGAUUUUAGUUUUGUCUGUUGGGAAAGAAAGAUGGCGCUAGGGAAAAAUGAGUUGCCUUACAACUUUGCUGGGACACAUCAGUUUGGUGAAGUGUGGGACACUAGUAUUAUUUUUGAGAAGGUGCAUAAAACCAAAGUAAAUUAUUCUCUAUGUAGAACAUUAUUUACUAGUAACAUUUGUUUGGGUGUAUUAGCUUUGACAAUUUUUACCAGUAAAUGCUGAUUUUAUUUAGAACUGGGAGUCCAGUUUACAUAUAGGAUAGUUGAUAUAUCCAUCUUUCCCCCGUGUAAAGAAUUGUCUAAAAGAUUUAUGCAUACUUUUUACUUUUCUCUCUUGAUACCAUGGGGUGGGGGUGGGGAGGACUUUGACUUGACAACUGACAAAUGUCUUCAAAUUUAAAAAUCAAGAAGCAGCACUUUAAGUCUAAUUCCACGCCAUUUUAGUGCAUGUUUUAGUUUAAUAAUGAUUUUUGGUGCAUGCCUUUGGGCUUAUUCAAAAGUGUACAAUAGAAAAGUGUAUUUCCUUUCAUAGAAAGGAGAUGUUUUUCUACUUUGCAACAUGUGAUUACAAAAAUCUUCCUCUGUGGGAAGAUUAACCAUGUAUUGAACUACUGAAAAGUAUAUAUUUUUAGAUAUACAGAAGGAAUCUACACGGGGCAGCAUUCAGACCUAUAUAGAAGUCAUAAAAUUCUGUAUAGGACCAAAAGGAAGUAACAUAAAACACUUAAACAGACUAUGUUGGGUAGAAAUACCUUUCGAUCUUGCAUUGACUUCCAAAAUGAAAAUGCCACAGAAGUUCGCUGAAACUUUUGUUUGAAUUUUCUGUCAGUGUAUAUAGCCCAAAUGCAGCAGCUUUGGGUUAGCACAAUGUAAGAAUCAAAACACAAAACUAAAUAGUUCAGUCUGGUUUGCCAAUCCAGCCUGACUGAAAUAAGUAACCAAUCACUUGCAAACUGAAAAACUGUCCAACUCCUCUAAGGUUUUGACAAAAUAACCUUGGCUGAUGUGGGAACAUUCCCGCUUUGAUUUCUGACCUGACAGCGAAGAUUCAUGCAUGACAUGAUUUCAAACCUGACAGUGUCUGUUUAAGGAGCCAUGGUACAGUUUGCUAAUUCAAUCCCAGAUACCUGUUGAUUACCUGUAAGAUCUAGAGUUCAAAGUAGCCAGCAGCCGUAUCCCUGAGUGCUCUGUGCCUAUCAGAUAGCAUGAAGUAAGCAGAGUUGGGACAGGUCAACAGCCCUGAGGACUGACCUCAGAGCAGAGCCCCAGAUUCAAGAAUUGUAUCUGCUUUCUUGGGAGUCACUGAACUAUUGUCCCACACUGCAUUACUUGCUGUAGAUGUUCUCCAAGAGGAGGCCCAGAGCACACAUCCGAAUUGCUUGUGGUACUCAGAGAGGGGGUGCUAACUCUGAUGCCCUGGCCAAAUUCCAGUUUAGGGAUGUGGGUCUUCUUGUCAUUCUUAAUUGGAAAUGUGCAUCACUUUCCAUUUUUUCCUGUUGCUCUCAGUGCAAACUACACAAGUCUGUUCCUUUGCCCCAAUCCCAAGUCUCCAAGAUACUGGUAUUUUAUGGGCCAGGUUCAUGCCUUAUCUUGAUACACAAGAGUUGAAGAAUGAGAGCUUGGCAUCAGGAUGCCUUAUACUUGGAGGGUGGACUCUUGUGAUGCCUGGGAAUGAAACCUGCCCUCUUUUGGCAUAUGUUAGGGAGCUUGCACUGGUUGGAAGCUUCCAACCAUAAGGUGUGAACGGAAACCAAUUUCCCCUCUUUUCUUACAGCAUGAUGAGAAAGUCUUUUGGGUUUUCAGUAGUUGAGGAAGGCCGGAGUUCUGCAGCUUUAAUCUGGGUAACUAAGGCUGGUUUAAUCUGGGUAACUAGCUGGUUUAAUCUGGAUAACUAGUACUGGUUUGAGCAAGACUUUGGUAAAUUAACUCGGUUCUCAGAUGCCACAGACUCCGUGAGAAGUCACCAUUAUUUUUAGUGGCUGUGAUGGAGUCCCCCUGUAGCCAUUACUUUAAGAUUACAUGCAGAGUUGCUUUAUUUUGAGCUUUUUGUGUACACACAAUCCCAAACUGGAAAAACUUAAAAAGGAAUCCUGCUGUGAAAGGUAUAUAUUACUCUAGAUUUUUCUUACUGUAAAUAUUGUAAGAUUGUAAUACUGUCAAUAUUUUAUUAACCAACAAAUGUUAAUCUAUGUGAAAUCAGACUUAUUUUAAAUGUGCUUCUUAUUUACUGUGUGUGGUCCCUGUUGCUGACAGUAUUAAGUUAUAUUCUGAUGUAAGAUUAACUUUAUUAAAGAAUGUAAACAUUAAAUGUUUCCUUAUGGGAAAACAAAUAAAGUAUAAAGAAGACAAUUCUUUUCAUUGAAAUAUACUGUGUAUUUACACUUGCUAGACCCAGCACCACUUAUAAACUUAGUCCACUGUCCAGUUUCAGUUAACACAGCUGACACGGUUGUGCUCCACUUGAAGGUCUAAGCCUUGGUGUUGUUGGAAUAUAAACGGUUUGUAUUUGUCUGCUGUGAAUCAUCUUGAGAUUUCUAAUCAAGUUUGUAAAAUUUUUAUAGUAAAACAUUUUAAUGACAAUUUAAAAAUUAUCUUCUCUAAAGAAUGGUCAAAACAAUGUCCUUUCAGAAAUAGAGUUGCUCUUUACUAUCUUUCCAAAAUGACUUUGGUUAAACGGACCAGGUAUAUAUUAGUUAAAAUCUAGGGCUAAGUUCUUGAUAUUCUUUGAGUUUACAAGUUAAUCCUUAUUGGAGUUGUGCCAAUAUACAAUAGAAUAUCAUUAAUUUGCACUGUUUGGGGACCCCAUUUAAGAAUGCUGAAUUUUGCCAACUAAAAAGUAAGCAAAUGCAAUUUAAAAAGUAAAUUUGAGCAUUCUGUGUUAAAUAUGUGCAGUUAUUAUCAUACGAAGAAGCGCAGUGUGUUGGGCUGUAAUAUAACCAUAUUUGCUGUCAUGUUCUCCCAUCUCAGUGCUGGGAACUCACCAUGUGGAAACCAAGCAACCGUGUUGUGCGUCAGCCGGCUUGAGUUUGUUCAAUAUCACAGCUGAAGCUAGCAAGGUCUGCUGUGCUGCUUACUGAAGUAUUGUGAUUCUCUUAGGCAUUGGUUCUUACAAAAUAUAUACUGUAACAGUAUACUUUGUACAGAUUUAAAUUUUAUUUGAAAAAAUGAAAUAAAGUAGGCAAAAAAUAAAGAUGUUUAUUUUUCAUGUGACUACAUAAA